GAAGCCACUUUGCCGACCGAAAAGAUCUCCGCGCUGUUUGCACGUUCGAUAAAACGGGUAAUUCUGUACAUAAAUUAUAGGUUUAGAAUUUAUGUGCCACGCUUAAACAGUAGAGCAGGCGGGUAGGCAGCUUCUCGGAGUUUCAAAAUGAAGCGACCCGGCCGUGUUUGCGGCUUGCGAGCGUGUGUUUGGCUGCUGGCGCUGGUGACUACCUGCAGUGGUUUAUAUGAAGACCAGAUCGGAAAAUUUGAUUGGCGGCAGCAGUACGUUGGAAAGAUUGUCCACGGUGCCUUUGAUACCACGUCCGUCGACCGUAUUAUCGUUGCUACGGAGAGUAAUGUGCUUGCUGCGAUCAGCGCAAAGACGGGAGACAUCGUGUGGCGCCAGGUGUUGGAGAGUGGUUCACGUGGUGAGGUGAAGUUACUUCACGUAUCGAACCCAUCGGCAACGGGCGCGCGAGUGGGUUCUCGGGGCCAUCAUCCCGGACACGAUGUGAUCACGGUCACCGGCAGCCUGCCAGCGCUCGUUCGUGGCUGGAACUCGAACACCGGCACACUAGAAUGGGAAUGGUCGUUGCUCCCCUCGGUGGACGAACAGGCCGCGGCCGAUGCCGUUUGGUUCGAGCACGAUGGAUUGCUGUAUCACGUGGUACCGGUGUGGGGCUCUCAUCUCGAAGUUACUCCCUAUCAGACCGUUUCGGGACAACAGGCACGUCCGAUGACUUCCCGCAUUGCUGCCAGCUGGACGGCAAAGGACCGUUGUGCUCUCACGGAAUCAUUUUUUGCCUGCACGAGCAAAGAUCAGCUGCUUGCACUGGAUUUGGCAGCGGACUCAAGCAGUACCAUACUGUCGAAACCACUCGGUGCGGAAGGAAUCGGUCGCCCAAAACCCGUUCGGGGUGAAGCGGCCGUCAUACAGAAUGGCCGUUACUACUCCUUACGCACCGAUCAAAAGCUAGCAUUCGGGGGUAAGGAUGCGGCACUCGUAGAUCGGACCAUCCAGGACGGUGAGCCGAUUCUGCUACGAGGAACGGUGGAUCGCGUUAACAAUCGAUUGUUGAUCGUCGCUCAUCGUUUGCGCGACUUUGUGAAACUUGACCCGAUCGAGUUCACCGUCGAUUAUACAGACACACUCGGCGAUCCGGAGCUAAUUAGUGUACGUUGCAAGCAGUCGGGCAGUGGCAGCGGGGCUGGGCUUGUCUGCCGGAUGCUGCUAUCGGCAGAAGAUGGAGCGAUUCUGCUGAUUCAGCAAGGAAAAAUCAAAUGGGUUCGAGAGGAGGCACUGGCCGAAGUUGCUACGGCCGAUUUCCUGGAUCUAACCCUGUCGGACGCAGAAGGAGCUAUAGAGGAGGAAUUGAACAAUAAGAAUGAAGAGAAUGGUUUAGAAUGGGACGUGUACGGUGCUUUUCAACGUCGUAUCUCGUCGCAGGCGCUCCAUUUGAAGAACCUUUUUCUGCACAUACUUGGAGUUGGACCGGCUCCAUCGAAAGCGCAGCGUGCUGGACUGGUGCGGGAUGAUUUCGGUCUGCACAAGAUGCUGGUCGUCGUUACGAACAGUGGCAAAGUGUUUGGUAUCGACAAUGUAUCGGGCAAGCAUCACUGGACCCGCUACCUACCGUCUUUUGUUGGCUUCGCAAAUGGCGUCCCAAUGAAGUUGCUCGUACAACGCACCUCGCGUUUCUAUCCGCUUCCAGCACAGUGUGUUAUCGUUGGCCGUGAUCGGACUACGCUGAACGGAUUGCUAUACAUCUUCAACCCAAUCACGGGGCAACCAGUACAGGGCGGCGGUGUGAUGGAGCUACCAUAUAGUGUUUCGCAAAUCUCGUUACUACACAAAACCGGGCCUGACUUCCUCAAGGCACUGCUCCUCCUGGACGAUAAGAAUGUGGCGCACGUGGUACCGGAAACGCUGGAAGUAUAUGCGGACAACUAUUAUAUGUUCAACGCUAAUCACCUGACAAGCCAGAUGAACGGUUUCCAUGUGCAGUACAAUCCAUCAUCAACGAAAAGCUCGAAGCUCACGACCACACCCUCGUGGCAAAUCGAUCUGAGCGGUGGUAGUAAGCGGCAACAGAUCAUAGCAUGCGAGGGUAAAAACCCCAUCGAGCACGUCCACUCACAGGGACGGGUCAUGGCCGAUCGUUCAGUUCUAUAUAAGUACAUCAACCCAAACCUAGUCGCUGUCGCCACUCACGGUGCCGACAACAUACACAAAUAUAUCAUGAAUGUACAUUUGGUAGACGUUGUCUCUGGUUCCAUCGUAUUCUCAAUGUCGCAUAAGCGCGUUCGACCACCCCUGCAUAUGGUGCACUCGGAGAAUUGGCUAGUCUACUCCUACUUCAACGACAAAGCACGACGUACCGAGAUUACGUCUAUUGAGUUGUAUGAAGGUAAAACACAGACCAACGGAACCGUCUGGAGCUCGCUGGAUGCCCCACCGCUACCAAUGGUUGAACGACAAUCCUACAUUCUCCCGGUGGCUGUAUCGGCACUGAAGGAAACAAUCACCGAGAAGGGUAUCACCAGUAAGCACAUUUUGAUUGGGCUAUCGACGGGUGCCGUUGCCGAAAUGUCCUGGGCGUUGCUAGAUCCCCGUCGUCCCGUUACCUCGCCGGAAAAAGCACGCGAAGAAGGCAUCAUGCCAUACAUGCCCGAAUUACCAAUGCCGCACGAAAUCCUGGUAAACUACAAUCAGACGGUAGCGAACCUGCGCGGUAUCCAUACGGCACCGUCCGGGCUCGAAAGUACCUGCCUGGUGCUGGUGCACGGUCUCGAUCUGUUCGUAACCCGUGUAUCCCCUUCGAAAACGUUCGAUCUGCUGAAGGAAGACUUUGACUACUUCCUCAUCACGAUCGUGUUGACCGCGCUCACCACAACGUCCUUCGUCGUCAAGCAGCUAGCAUCAAAGAAGAUCGUCAAACAGGCGUGGAAAUAAUAACAUGGCGAAGUAGCAGCCAUCGGCGUCAAAGAGAGAACGACCAAAAAGACAUUUAAAUGCAUUUUCUGUUAUCAAUUUCGUUUCCAUACAUUCACUCACGUUCACGGUAGUCACAUUGACGGUCACGGUUUUUUUUCUCUCUAUAUCGCAAUUCUUAAGUGGAAGUAAGAACGUUAUGGGUUGAGUUUGAAUUUUACCACCCGAAAAAGGAAGACAUGCAUUGCGAAUAGUUGCUUCUUCCAGCGGAACUAGCAUUUACCUUUAGUAUGUGUCCUCUGUAAUUCAAGGUUUUGCUAGGUUAAAUAAAGGCUUACACCAUCGAUGGGAAGAGAGAAA